AGGAGGCAUCUCUAAAAGAGCCGCAUUGUGCAGAAAGAUACCAUGUUCUAGAAGUUAUGAAUACCUCUGGUCAAAGUCUAAUGAUGAUGCCCGGAAACAUCCACCCUGAAGAAUACAGGAUAUCGGCACUUGUCUUCUAUAGCUUUGUUUUCACAAUUGGCUUAUUUGUUAAUGUCACUGCUCUCUGGGUCUUCAGUUGCACCACCAAGAAGAGGACAACUAUAACCAUUUACAUGAUGAACGUGGCACUGCUUGACUUAAUGGCUAUAUUUUCCUUGCCUUUUCGGAUGCUUUACUAUGGCAAAGGCUCUUGGUUCUUCGGAGACACUUUUUGCCGGGUUCUUAGUGCUCUAACGGUGUUCUACCCAAGCAUAGCUCUAUGGCUGCUGGCUUUCAUAAGUGUUGACAGAUACCUGGCAGUUGUGCAACCUAAAUAUGCUAAAGAACUUAAGAAUACAACCAAAGCUCUAAUAGUGUCCCUGGGCCUCUGGCUAACGACCAUAGCGACAACUUCUCCUCUGCUGUUCCUGAAUACUGAUCCGGAUGAAGCCUCAAACCAUACCAGCUGCAUUAAGAUGAUGGAUAUUAUCUACCUACAAGAAGUCAACGCCUUAAAUUUUUCUCGGCUGGUGUUUUUCUUCUUGAUCCCCUUGUUCAUCAUGAUUGGCUGUUACCUAACUGUCAUUUACAGCCUUGUCCACGGAAGAACGUCCAAGCUGAAACCAAAGGCUAAAGAGAGGUCGAUCAGAAUUAUUGUGACAUUGAUUAUCCAAGUCCUUGUAUGUUUUGUGCCUUUUCACAUUUGCUUCGUGCUCCUGAUGCUGCAAGCUGGACAUAUAAGCUACAACCCAUGGGGAGCAUUUACCACCUAUCUCAUGAAUCUCAGUACAUGCCUAGAUGUAAUCCUGUACUACCUUGUUUCUAAACAAUUUCAAGCCCGAGUGAUCAGCGUUAUGCUCUAUCGGAAUUAUCUUCGAAGUGUACGGAGGAAAAGUUUGCGAUCUGGAAGCAUGCGGUCUUUAAGCAAUAUCAACAGCGAGAUGAUAUAA